UUUUUUUCCCGUUUCAGUUAAUGGAUACCAUCUCAACGCCUACUUUAGUUUUGUUUCCGUUAAUUUACCGCGAUUUCCUAAACGUAGAAAAGUGACUACCUCCUGUCUUGGUUGAAAUACAACAGGACGCGGCAUCAUUCUACCUAUCCAGAUCGUAGCGAAAUCCUAGUUUACGGAGUGUAAUCAACCGAACCACAAGAGUGGCUCAGUGAGAAUUUCAACUAUAGUCGAAAGAUGGCCGAAAUGCAUGAUCAGGACAAUCAAAUGGACACCAGUGGUAACGCCGGCCGGGACGACGAUAGGAAGCUGUUCGUCGGUGGUCUCAGUAAGGAAACAGCUGAGCAGGAUUUGCGCAAUCACUUUGGUCAGUAUGGCGAAAUCGAUAGCGUAAACGUCAAGACCGACCCUCAAACGGGCCGUUCCAGAGGUUUUGCGUUCAUCAUAUUCCAAUCGCCCGAUUCGAUCGAGAAGGUCGUUGCAUUCGAGGACCAUACCAUCAACGGCAAGAAGGUUGAUCCGAAGAAGGCCAAAGCCAGACAGGGUAAGAUUUUCGUCGGAGGCCUAAGUCCGGAAACUAGCGACGAAGAGAUCAAAACGUUCUUCGAACAGUUUGGCACUGUAGUGGAGAUAGAGACGCCCUUCGAUAAGAUAAAGAACCAACGGAAGGGAUUCUGCUUCAUUACGUACGACUCGGAGGCGGUUGUAACGGAGCUGCUGAAGACUCCCAAACAGAUCCUGGGUGGUAAGGAGGUCGACGUGAAGAGAGCGACAGCGAAGCCUGAUAUGCAGAUGGGUGGACGUGGACCAAUGCGUGGAUCACCGCAGCGUGGAAUGCGAGGUGGCCGAGGAGGCUUCGGUGGACCGAGAACCUACGGCCAAGGCUGGGGCGGCGGACAAGGAUUCGGCGGAGGAUACAACCAAGGUGGAUUCGGAGGAGGAUUCAGCGGUGGCUACGGUGGUGGCAACGGCGGAUACGGUGGCGGUGGUGGCGGCGGUGGUGGUUGGGGUUAUGACAACUACGACUAUACAGGAUACGGCACCGAUGGCUUCCAGGGCGGCAAGCAGCGAGGUGGAGGCGGUAGCAGUCGCCAAUAUCAGAGGCCAUACUGAGUCCCCUUAGUGGAAUUGUGAACAAUGUUCUCUUUCAGAAUAAAGAAAAUCAAUCAAAAAAAAAAAUCGUAUUAUGUAAUUUGUAAGGUACUAGUUUUGAAUAAAAUGUAAACCGAAAAA